CGCAGCCUACCCUGUGACCCAUUCGGAUAAUUCCUCCAACCCGCUAUGUGCUGCGGCGUGGUCCUCGGGGCUCGGACCUCCAGCCAAAGGCUGGGGCCCGCGGUUUGACGAGGAGCGGCGCGGCAGGCGGAGGGGUGGCUGCCUCGGAGGGAGGUGGCAUCGCUGCUGCGCUCCAGCAUGGCUGCUGCGGUCCGCGCCGCGGGCCGCCUGCCUGUGCUGUGCAGCGUCCCGGCGGGUCGUUUCUGGUGCAGGCAGCUUCCACCGAAUAGCUUUCCAACAGCUUCUGUUUUGGCGCUGAAGACCACUCUGAGCAAUGGCCCUUUGUUGCUGCGGGGGACCAGAGACAGCUGCCAGUUCACCAGCUUGAGCCGUGCGCUGCGGACACAGUGCUGUGUCUCUCCUCCUGGCAGCUCAGCAGGCCAGCCACACAGACCCUACAGCUUCUUCACUAAAUUGACAGCAGAUGAGCUCUGGAAAGGGGCUUUAGCAGAGACUGGUGCUGGAGCCAGAAAAGGAAGAGGGAAAAGAAGCAAGAAAAAGAGAAGAAAGGAUUUGAACAGGGGUCAGAUUAUUGGUGAAGGGCGCUCGGGUUUCCUGUGGCCGGGCCUGAACGCCCCUCUGGUGAGGAACGGAGCCGUGCAGACCAUUGCCCAGAGGAGCAAGGAGGCGCAGGAGGAGGUGGCGGCCCACAUGCUGCAGCAGAGGGAAGAGUGGGACCGGAAGAGGAGGACGAAAGUGAAGCGGGAGCGCGGCUGGAGCGGGAACUCGUGGGGCGGCCUCAGCCUCGGCCCCCCGGACCCCGGUCCCAACGGAGAAACAUACGAGGACUUUGACUCCAGGAUCCUCGAGGUAAGAAAUGUUUUCAAUAUGACAGCCAAGGAGGGAAGAAAGAGAUCUGUCCGUGUCCUGGUGGCUGUGGGCAACGGGAGAGGUGCUGCUGGUUUUGCCAUUGGGAAAGCUACCGAUCGGGUAGAUGCUUUCAGGAAGGCAAAGAACAAAGCAAUUCACUACCUGUACUACAUCGAGCGGUACGAAGACCACACAAUAUUCCAUGAUAUCUCGUUGAGAUUUAAGAGGACCCACAUCAAGAUGAAGAAACAGCCCAGAGGAUACGGCCUCCGCUGCCACCGGGCCAUCAUCACCAUCUGCCGACUCAUUGGCAUCAAGGACAUGUAUGCCAAGGUCUCCGGCUCCGUCAACAUGCUCAACCUCACCCGGGGUUUCUUCCACGCGCUCUCCCGCCAGGAAACCCACCAACAGCUGGCCGACAAGAAGGGUCUCCAUGUGGUGGAAUUCCGGGAGGAAUGUGGCCCUCUGCCCAUUGUGGUCGCCUCCCCCCGGGGGGCCUUGAGGAAGGAGCCGGAGCCAGAAGAGGAGGUUCCGGACGUCAAGCUGGACUGGGACGAGGUGAAGGCCGCGCAGGGAAUGAAGCGCUCGGUGUGGGCAGGUCUCAAGAGGGCCGCCACCUGACCUUCCGGCCGCCCGCUGCAGCCGUGCCUGCUGUCCCUGGCGCCGGGGGACCCCCGCUUAAACACCUUGCCACGUCACCUGGUUUGGUUUUUCGAGAAAAGUCCAACCUUUACUUCUUUAUUUACAAAUAAAGAAUUCUAGUUUUGA